UAAACCUAACAACUUUUUUGUUGAAGUUUGAUGCAUAAUGCACAGUUCAUUGUUUUUGGGGUCAUUUUACGAGCGGUGACAGCCAAACUAGUCUGGGGAAUAAUUUUAUCAAUAUAGUUAAUUACAAAUCACAAUUAAUGUACAAGAUGAAAAUAACUAUAUGAAUAAAAUGAGCCCACCAUUUAAAAACAUAUUUAAACUAAAACAACUAUGAGAAACCUUUCUCUAUAUAAACUUAGCCUUCAUCCAUAGUUCUUUCACAAAAAUAAGAGAUAGUAGUUAUAAAAGAUAAACAAAAGAAACUUCUUGUUGCCAAAGUAGCCGGUAAACACUAUCUAUGGUUCGACCAGGUCUUGACCAGCCGAAUCAGGCACAUCCUCAGGGUUACGGAAACAACAAGGCAGAUGUUCAGCCAAACAUACCAACGGGUAUACCGGUCAAUAACCAAACACAAAACCUUUGGAGUUCUGAUCUAUUCGAUUGCAUGAACGACAUCGAAAACGCUGUGAUAACAUGUAUAGUUCCGUGCGUCACGUUUGGACAGAUCGCUGAAAUUGUUGACGAAGGCGCGACAACUUGUGCGAUUGGUGGGUUGUUGUAUGGAGCGAUAUUUAUAACUGCGUUCCCUUACAAAUACUCAUCCCUGUUCCGGGCCAAGAUAAGAAACAAAUACGGGUUACCGGAGGCUCCAGCUCCAGAUUGGCUUACUCACUUAUUCUGUGAGCAUUGUGCUCUUUGUCAAGAGUAUCGUGAGCUCAAACACCGUGGUUUUGACCCCAAAAUUGGGUGGGCUAUGAAUGUGCAAGCACAUCAGCAAGAGAUGAUGGCUCCUCCAAUAGGUCAACGAAUGAUGGGUUGA